AUGACUAUUGAAAGUGGCCUUGACGGUUGGCUGCGAUAUGCCCUGCUCCCCGCGGAAACCAGGAACAGCUACCGCGAUUUUUCAAACAUUACUGUCUUGAACAAGUCCCAGACCAGUCCUGUUUAUACGGCCGGAAAGGAAGUUCAAGAUGGUUUGCGACGUAUCCUUGGUCAAAACAUCGAGCUCAUUGGUGAAUUGAGCGGCACGCCAUCAUCCUCCAUUAUCAUCGGUACCGUUGAGGCAUUUACUUCAACUUAUGGGAAGAUGCCAGAAAUUCCAGAGCUCAAGGAGGAUGGGUUCUGGCUCAACACCCACGCUGAAAAAGACUGUGUUCACAUCCUUGGCGAAAACGAGCGCGGUGCUAUCUACGGUGCUUUCGAAUAUCUCAUGCUGCUAGCACAGGGAAAUCUCGACCCUGUUAAGACCGCAAACAAUCCCAGCGCUCCCAUUCGAUGGGUAAAUCAAUGGGACAAUUUGGAUGGAAGCAUAGAGCGAGGAUAUGCCGGUCCAUCUAUUUUCUUUCGAAAUGGGGAAGUGGUUACGGACAUGACUCGUGUUGCUCAGUUCGCUCGACUCCUCUCGUCUAUUCGCCUGAAUGCGGUCGUCGUCAACAACGUCAACGCCAAUCCGAAGCUUUUCAGUGAGACAAACCUCAAUGGCCUCCGUCGGAUUGCGGAUACUAUGCGCCCAUGGGGUGUACGGAUCGGGAUAUCGCUUUACUUCGACUCUCCAAAGAAAUUUGGUGGUCUGCCUACUUCUGAUCCGCUGGACCCUGAUGUGAACAACUGGUGGAAGGACAUCACUACCAAGGUAUACGAAAAGGUUCCCGACUUGGUAGGAUACACCAUUAAGGCCAACUCGGAGGGUCAGCCUGGACCUUUGUCAUACAACCGCACUUUGGCUGAUGGCGCCAACAUGUUUGCUCGAGCAUUGAAGCCGCACGGGGAUGGUGUUGUCAUGUAUCGCGCUUUUGUGUACAAUCAUUACCUGGAUGAAUCCGUGUGGACUAAUGACAGGGCUAACGCUGCGGUGGAUUACUUCAAGGAGCUCGACGGUCAGUUUGAAGACAAUGUCAUCGUGCAAAUCAAAUGGGGCCCCAUUGAUUUCCAGGUCCGCGAGCCCCCGUCUCCGCUGUUGGCCAACUUGCGCAAAACCAAAGCUGCCAUCGAGUUCCAAGUCGCCCAGGAGUAUCUCGGCCAGCAGUCACAUUACGUCUACAUGGCCCCUCUCUGGAGAGAAAUCCUCGAUUACGAUAUGCGUAUCGACGGCAAGCCCUCUCUCAUCCGGAACAUUGUAUCUGGCGAACGAUUGAAUUGGAGCCGCAGCGGCUACACCGCUGUCCUCAACAUUGGCAGUGAUAGCACUUGGAUUGGGCAUCACCUCUCCAUGUCUAACCUCUACGCUUACGGCCGCCUUGCCUGGAAUCCACUGGCCAGUUCAGUGUGUAUCAUUCAAGACUGGGCACGUCUUACAUUUGGCCUAAACGAGACCAUCAUUGAUACCAUCACUAAGAUCUCCAUGGAGUCCUGGCCGACAUACGAGAAGUACAGCGGAAAUUUGGGAAUUCAGACCCUUUGCGACAUUAUCUACACUCACUAUGGUCCUAGCCCGGGCUCACAGGACGGUAAUGGAUGGGGACAAUGGACCCGCGCGAACGCUCAUUCGAUAGGCAUGGACCGUACUGUGGCCACCGGGUCUGGAAAUGCGGGCCAAUACCCGCCUGAGAUUGCUGCCAUCUACGAGAAUAUUGCAACGACACCUGACGACCUGCUCCUCUGGUUCCACCAUGUCCCGUACACGCAUCGUCUCAAAUCCGGAAAAACGGUGAUUCAGCAUUUCUAUGAUGAACACUACGAAGGUGCGGCGCAUGCACAGACCUUCCCACUUGAAUGGGCCAAAUUGGAAGGUCUUAUAGACGACCACCGCUUUAAGCAGACAGCCUUCAAAUUGCAGUACCAAGCUGGACACGCUCUUGUUUGGAGAGACUCUGUUAACAAUUUCUAUUUUGCAAAGUCGAAGAUCCCAGAUGAGAAGAAUCGUGUUGGAAAUCACAUUUGGCGUAUUGAAGCCGAGGACAUGCAACUGACUGGUUACAAAACUGUCUCUGUCACUCCUGCAGAAGCGGCUUCCUGUGGAAAAGCCGUUAUUACCGAGUCAAAUACGGAGCCCGGUACCGCACAGAAGGAGCUCAGCUUUCCUACUGGCAUCUAUGAUAUCGCAGUGAACUAUUACGAUCACCUUGGCGGCAGAUCCAAAUAUGAGAUUUUUCUCAACAAGGGGUCAAUUGGCACCUGGACUGGUGAUUUGGAGGACAAACUUGGGCAUGACUUUUCGGAGUACUUGGAUGGUCAUUCAGCGACAAGAAUCACGUUCCGUGGAAUAAAGGUACAGAGUGGUGAUAUUCUCAAAAUUGUUGGUCAGCCCGAUGGCACUGAACUUGCUCCCUUGGAUUAUGUUUCCGUUUUGCCCGAGGGUAUAAUUGAUUAG